GAACCCGUGUGGCUCUGCGAGGUGUCCCCCGUGGGGCACCCAGGAUUGGGAAGGGGCCACUGGGUGCUUCCCACCCAUCUCCUGAGGAUGAAGGAACCUCCAGACCCAUCUCUGUCUGCUCUUCUUCUUGGAAAUGAUCAUCUGCACAGCAGCGAAGCCUCAGAGGGGGAGCUGCCCCGGAACGCAGCGCUCAAACAUCCCGACCCCCGGGAGGUCCAACACCCGCCAGUCCCAAGGUGCCCCGGCCCGGCUUCCCGCUCCACGGAGAGGAAUAGCUCUGGAGAUGAGUCCCGGAGAGGAGGGUGACAGCUUCCCGGUGUCCCAGGCGGAGCAGCAGCUCCUGACCCAUCCCUACAGGGUUUGUCUGACCUGUCUGCGGCCUCCGGAGCUCCAGGCUGCUGGGGUCGGAUCAAGCCAACCCUUUCUGGCCCUCUCCUUUCCUCCUCCGGCACAACUUGAGGCCGUUUCCUCUCAUCCCAUCACUUGGGAGAAGAGCCCAUCACCCGUUUGGCUCAACCUCCUUCCAGGAGCUGCGGAGAGCGAUGAGGUCUCAGCCUCCUCUUCUCCAACCGAAGCAGCCCCAGGGCCCUCAGCCGCUCCCAUAACCCCUGUUCUCCAGCCCCUUCCCACCUCCGUUCCCUUCUCCGGACACGCUCCAGCCUCUCAAGACCUUUCUUGGAGUGAAGGACCCAAAACUGAACCUGGGAUUCAAGGAGUCCAGGGGGACGAUCCCGUCCCUGCUCCUUCUGGCCACCCCAUGGCUGAUCCAAGCCGGGAUGCUGGUGGCCUCCUUGGCCACCUGGGCCACUGCUGGCUCGUGUUCAGCUGGUAUCACCCGGUACCCACAAGUCCCCAGGAAGGGGGGUACCAGAUCUGGGUGGGCGUGUGGGGCUCCAUUGUGGGGACCCAGCAGAUGGCACUGCUGCCUCGUGAGCUGGGGACACCGCUGCUGCCCAUGGUGACAUCCAAGAGGGAUUUGGGCAUGCUGAGACAAGGGGUCUCCUUCCCUCUUCCCAAACCGGGGUGUCACAUCCUGCCCUGGCUGCUCCUUUUGGGGCGAGGAGGUGACGCAGAACGGGGCAGCAGCCAUCCCCACCUCAUUGUCCCUGCGGCAGGGACACGGCAACACCACCGGGCAGAAGCGGCUGAGCAGUUCCGCGCGUGUCCCUUUUUCUGCACCAUCAGGACUGCUUUCCGUGGGUCUUUUUCCAAGGAAAAGCCACUCCUCGUGCUCCAACCUACCUGA